AUGAGUAAGACGUCGACGUCCGUGCUCGUGUCGUCUGUGGUGCAAGUGCGCCGCUAUAUCAUCGGACUAAACUUAUCAUACACGGCGUCUGUGACGGUGGACAACCGGUACCGCCACAUCGUCCAUGCCAUCAUGGGGAAACCUCGGCCCGACACUCCCAGCCCCAUCGCCGUCGUGCAUGUCAAGUUCACCCUCAAAGAUGACUUGCGUGAGAUUUUGUCGUUUGAAAUCGAAAACGACCGGCACGUGUAUCGCCUUCGAGACAACAUCGAGUUUGACGAACGGCUGCUGGAUCGGGUGAUCGCACGGAAGAUCGCGCUCAAGCGGUCAGGUCUUGUCGACUUGUCGGACGAGUACACGCGGUCUCGCGUCAAAGAGCCCCGUUAUGACGUGCAGGAAACGGACCCAAACGCCAUCGACGCGGACGCGAUCAAGGCCCAGCUCUUGAAGCUCUUUGACGAAUACGAUCGGAACCGCGACGGGUCGAUCAGCUUUGCCGAAUUCCGCGACGCCCUUCGUUCGGGUCUUUUUCGGGAAGACCAAGUGGAGUUGUUGUUUACCCAAGCGGACCUGGACGGCAACGGGCGCAUCAACUGCGAAGAAUUCGCCCAGGCAGCCGUGGACGUCUUAUCCCGCAUGCCGUCAGGCUACAAGUUCAAGGCGCAAUUCAACGAACUGUACGACGACUACUUGGACUACUUCCACACCGAGUGCGCGACCACCAUGGCCAUCCUCAACCAAGCGUUUGCCGCCGCCGACUACCUCCCCCCGAACGCGUCUGGCCGCACCAAAGCGGACUGCCUCAGCUACGACAUGUUCCGCAAGUGCCUUGCGUCGCCCUUGGCCAACUUGAGUCGCGAAGAGAUCAACCUCGCCAUCUCCCUCGUGCCCAUGAACGACGAGGGCAAGCUCCCGUACGCCAACUUUGACAAGAUCCUGGCCAAAGCUCUGUUUUACAUUGCCCAAGGUCAAAGCCUCGGGCUUGCGGUGGACAUUGAAAGCUACUUGUUGACAACGUUCGAAGCCGCCGAGAAGGAGUGGGACCCGACGAUCGUGACGCCGCGGGGCCAGCUGCCCCGGAGCGUCCUCUUUGACUGCAUGCACAGGCUCAAGAAACUCAUGCUUAGUCGCGGCCAAGUGGUGCUGCUCAUCGGGUACGCCAAGGACAACAGCCACGACAGCCCACGCCACCCGUCGUCGUCGGUUGACGACAGCCUCGACGGAGAUGCGGCCGUGGUGAUGGUCGACUACGUGCCGUAUGCGACGACGGCGGCCGGCAUGAUCCGGCAGUUCAUCAACCCCCACAACGUCGCCAAGCGCAUGCAAAGAUGCAAGAACGACGUGAACGCCGUCGCAGCCAUCUUCCACGGCGUGAGUGAGACCGGCCUCGAGAUGAUCGUCAUGGAAGCAUUCGAAAGCGAAGACCGCGACGGCAACGGCGUGCUGGACAUGGACGAGUUCCGCGCGGCGAUGAAGCACACGUCGCUGGGCCUGUCGGACGAGGAGAUCACGUCGCUGCAGGCCGUGGCCGACACCAACGGCGACGGACACGUCGACAUUGACGAGUUUUCGUACUUUGCCGUGCACCAUUUGGUGCAGUUGAAGCGGCAGAACCUGCUGCGCCUGGCCGAAGGCGACGACGAUGAUGAAGAAGACAGCAAGACGAACGAUGCGGAUUAA